CAUGCCGUAGAGUACAUACCAUCUCUGCAAAUGACAUGCAUGUGUACAUAUGUAUGUAGGAGUAACGUAUCGCACAGUAAAACAAGUUUCAACGCCGCAACGCAAAAUAGCUUUCGAUUAGAGCUGACGGUGCGCCAUGAAGUUCAUUAGCCAUUUCGUACGGGAGUCGAGCAGACGCAUUCCUCUAGUCCUGCACAGAAUCCAGAAUCCAGUCCACACAAUCCACACCCACAGAAGCGCUGCCGCCACCAUGGACACCACAGUGCAUUCAGCGGGAAUAUCAGAGGUCCAUCAUGUACCAAUGAGUGUGAUCAAGCGACCCAUACCCUCCAUAUUGGAUGAGCAGAAAGUGAUCUCGCUCAUGGACACCAUCAAAGGCGAGGCCAGCGAGGAGGAGGUGCCCCCAAUCGACUUGCUGUGGAUAACGGGUAGCGAGGGCGGCCAAUAUUACUUCAGCUUCGGUGGCUGCCACCGGUUCGAGGCAUACCGGCGCCUGCAGCGUGAAACCAUAAAAGCCAAACUGGUGCGCUCCACACUGGGGGAUCUGUACCACUACAUGGGCUCCAGUGCGCCGAAGUAUUUGGCCUGAUAUGGCGCGUUGCGGCUCUUGACCUCCACACAUAUUCCAUCCCUGUGCAAUGUUUUUCAAUGUUUUCGAUUGUAAAUUCUUUUGUUUUGUUAUUAUCUAUGUUAUUUCUUGAUAA